UCCUAGCCUAGCCAAAUCCAACUGAAUACUUGCCUACCUUCUCCUUUUCCCCUUCCUUUCUAUUUAUAGUACUUCUAUUUCUUUAAGGGCUGGCCCAUUAUUCCUGUUUUACUAAAUGGUCCAGAAUCUUCACUUAUACACUAUUACACUCUUUAAUACUACUCUAAUAUUCUUAUUAGUAUUAUUGUCUAUGUUCCUAUCAAUACUCCCCCCCUAAAAGACCACUUUGUCCUCAAGGUGGGUGAUAAGGAACAAUCAUGAUCUUCCACUUCAACUGCAUUCUUUGCACCUCUCCCCUCCCAAUACUUGACUGGUUUCUGGACUUUUAGCUUCAGUACUUGAACCUUCUUCCAUAUGUACUUCACAGCAGGAAGAAACAGAAAUAAGGACAUAGUGGCAUAAUGCUUCUUAUUGUUGUAAAUUUUAUAACAUCCAAACAUCAGCAUCUUUCCUUGUAACCUUGGCUUUUCUUCCAAUAUCUUUUCCAGGAACUUGAUUCUUUCAGAUUCUGCAUGAUUCUUAAAAUUGUCAACAACACCAAUCUGUUUUAUUUCAUCAACCUUUUCUUCAACACUGCUACCAAGAGCAAAAUUAUCACCCCCUUUCAGUCCCAUAUCUGAGGAGUCCAGGGAUAGAAGCAUGACAAUCUUGUGUUCAUUAUCAUCCCUUGUGUUCUUUCGAAUUGAAUGUCCAACGUAGGCCAAAUUUUCAUCCUCGUACCAUCUGUCUUCCUCAGAAAGUACUCCUAAAGAAUUCCCAACUUUACAUCUAUAUUUUCCAGGAAUGACUUUGGUGAACAAGAAUUCACUGCUCUCAUUUCUUACAUGAUUUAGUUUCCUAUUGUCCUUGCUUUUUCCAUCCAUAUGUACGAGAGUAAGAGAAGCAAAAGAACUAGGAAAUUUUCCUAUCAUCCCUGCAACAGAACGAAUUUUAGGAAUAUAAACCUGAACAACAGAUGAUUGUUCCCCGCGUUGGUCGUCCGGAUUCAGUUUCUUGAUUACAGAUUCAGUUCCAUCGACUACUGUAAUUUUCUCCACGAGUUCUUUUUCCGGAUAUGUUUCCUUGAUUACAAAUUCAGCUAGCUUCAACUUGGAAGAGAAGACGUGCGCAGGUUUAGAAACUUCUUGCGACAAAAAUUGCGAACAAGAAUAUUCUUCUCUAGAUAGCAUCGCAAUCUGACGCGAGUGAAUAACACAUGGGAACGCCUGUGGACUGAGACCAGCUGUUGCAGGUGGCUGCGAACUGAAAGAAACAAUUCACGAUUGCGAACGGGGAGAUGGGUUUAGCGACAACGAACUGUGAUGAGAACUUGGAGAAACAGUUUGCGCAUGAGGCUGAUGUGGUGAUCGCGAUCUUGCUCUGGACCGAAAUUGUUCACUCGAUGCGGCCAUGGAAGUCGUCAAGUUUGCCGCCAAAUUUUCCAUUGCUGAACGCUGAUUGUUCACAGCUGAUUGCAAUUCCUUCAUCUCUGCUUGAAUCUCCAGUAGUUUUCGCUCCAGAUUAUCCAUGCGAAUAUCCAUUUUAGCUCGCGUCCGGAACAUUCACCACUUGAAACAAAAAUUUCGCUGAAGUCGCAACUCAAUUCCGAUCCCCAGAGCUACGCUCUGAUACCAAUGUUAGAUCACUGGUUAUUCUGAUUUAGAGUCGUAGAGAAUCAGUAAGAAAGAGAUCAAGAAAGAGAUCAAGAAAGUGUUUAUUUAUGAAGGAUGUGUUUACAGAAGGAAUACAAUGGACCAUUCGAGAUGCCCAAUCUUUAAGGGUUGGCCCAUUAUUCCUGUUUUACUAAAUGGUCCAGAAUCUUCACUUAUACACUAUUACACUCUUUAAUACUACUCUAAUAUUCUUAUUAGUAUUAUUGUCUAUGUUCCUAUCACAAUUCUUCUACCUCAACUGGAGCAUCUGUAUCUCCAGUCACCUUCACACAUCCUUUCCCUGUAAAACUUGAUUCUAACAACUUCCUCUUCUAGAAACAUCACGUUGAAUCAGUUGUAUGAGCACACAAACUACUUCGGUUUCUUGUCAAACCUGUUAUUCCAGAUCGUUUUGCCAGUCGCGAUGAUGAAACUAAUGGAAUCGAGAAUGAUGCAUACAUCACCUGGGAACAACAAGACCAGAUGUUGUUUUCAUGGCUCCUUGCGUCAUUAUCUGAGUCAUUUCACGCUCGAGUCAUUCACUGCAAACAUUCGCACCAGCUUUGGACUGAAAUCAACAAACACUUUCAAUCACACAUCUUAGCAAAAGCAAGGCAACUGAAGUCGGAACUAUACAACACAACUAAAGGUGACAGAUCAAUCUCAGAUUAUCUUCUUCGUAUUCAAACUAUCGCAGAUAACCUCAGUGCUAUCGGAGAGCCUAUUUCCUACAAGGAUCACAUCAAUGUAAUCCUUGAAGGUCUUCGUGAAGAAUCCGAAUCUCUUGCAUUAUCUAUUUCUUCACGAAGUGUUCUAGAUCCUCCUACUUUAUCUGAAGUUGAAUCCCUACUGUCUGCCAAAGAAAUGCGAUUGCAAAAGCUUCGUGAUUCUUCAAAACAAACAUUGUUCUCUGCUAAUGUUGCUCACCUGGAAAUAUCUCCUCAAGUCACUGAUCAAGCCUCUCAAACUACUCCAGAUACUGCUUCUGUUCAGGUAGCUCAGUUUAAUAAUCCUGACAAUCAUUCCUAUAGAGGUAGAGGUCAUGGUCGCUCUGGUGGAAGGAAUUCUAUAGUUUGCCAAGUUUGUGGGAAAAUGGGUAUCAUGCAUUGAUCUAUUACCAUCGCUAUAAUCCAGCCUACACUGCUCCUCAUACUUCUCCUUCCUCAAACCAAUGGAACCAGUAUUCGGAGUACUCACAAUACUCAAAUCCAUCAUCCACUGCCUCAAAUCCUACUGCCUCAAACUUUCCCAAUCCUAGCCCUACUAAUCCACAUCCACCAUAUUCCAACUGGCAUCAACAAAACCAAAACAACUGGAAUGAACAACCAUACAAUCCCUCACCAAGUACUGCUUGGGCCUGUGUUACUCCUUUUGUCCUUGGACCCCCACAACAAGCUCAAACUUGGUUCCCUGAUUCUGGUGCUACACAUCAUGUUACAGUUGAUCCCCUCAACCUUCAACACAAUGAGACUCUUGCUACUACUGACAAGCUCUUUAUGGGCAAUGGUCAAGGUGUGGAUUUUAAGUCUAUAGGGUUUUCUACUUUCCCUUCACCUUAUCAAUCAUCCUUGUAUCUAUCUCUUAAUCAUAUCCUUCACGUUCCUUCUAUUACUAAAAAUCUUCUUAGUGUCGGUCAAUUUGCCAAAUGUCUUUUUUGAAUUUCAUCCUUAUGAUUGCUUUGUGAAAUCUCAGGUUUCUAAACAGGUUCUUUUACAUGGUUCUUUUGGAGAAGAUGGUCUUUACAAGUUUGAGUCAAUUCCAGCUCUUGGUAGGGAUGGACUCGGGCCCGACCCGGACCCGGACCUGAGAACCGGGCCGGUCCCGGUCCCGCACAGUAACAGGCCGGGCCGGUCCACGGGCCGGGUGGCCCGACCCGAGUCCAACCAUAGCUCUUGGUCUCCACCGGUCUAAAAAGUCAUAUUUUUUAAUCAUUUUUUCAAUCAUAUAUUUGUCAUUAUUUCUUUUUUGUUUGCGCAUAGUAAUCAAUUAAUGCAGUGCGCACACAUUCAGAUUUUUUAAGACUGCUGCCUCAAUUGAAAUAGUUGAUAAGAUUAUAUUAGGGAAGGAAUUUGUUCCAAAUAGGAGUAAAACCUAUUUAAAAUGUAUUGAUUGAUACUAGUAUUAUGUAAUGAGUUAGCACCAAAUUUUAUGAAUUUUGGCAUUAUUAUUGAGCACAAGUAGCUUAUAACUUUAUAGAAAAAUUAAAAAGGGUAUACACUUAAUUUUUGUAAAUAUGUAACAUUAACUUAAAUGUACAUACUAAAAGACGUAUAUAAACCCAAAUAUCUCUAAAAAAAUCUUUUUUGGUACAUGAGAAAAAACUAAAUUUAUAUAUUUAACUUAAAAGUUAAUUGAUUUUAGAAAAUUUAUUUAGAUGUUCCAAUUAAG